UAUUGACCCAGGAAGCACCGAAGAAGCAACGAGCAGGAAGCCGGAAGUAUCUGAUAAACAACUGUUAUUAGUGGCAAACAGUGAAGUUUUAUUAUUGUUGUUAUUAUUAUUAUUAUUGUUAACAUUAACAAGUUACUGAAAUCGUCUCCUACAUCGUGUGCGGUUCCCCCCCCCCGUGUUAGCACAGUGAUCAAAUGAAGGCUAUGUUGCAGCUUGUGCACAGACUGAGCGCUCACCCGGACUCACGGUGCUGGUAUGUGUCGUGGAGCCCCACAGGAGCACUGCUGGCUUCCUGCGGAGGAGACCGAUCUAUACGGAUAUGGGGCAAAGAAGGAGACACUUGGCAGUGUAAGAGUGUGUUAUCAGAUGGACACCAGAGAACUGUCAGGAAGGUCUCCUGGUCGCCCUGUGGGAAUUAUCUUGCAUCUGCCAGCUUUGAUGCCACCACGUGUAUCUGGAAAAAAAAGGAUGACGAAUUUCAGUGCCUUACGGUGUUAGAGGGACACGAAAAUGAGGUGAAGUGUGUCGCGUGGGCCCCAUCUGGUAACUUACUAGCCACCUGCAGCAGAGAUAAGAGCGUUUGGAUAUGGGAAGUGGAUGAGGAGGAUGAGUAUGAGUGUGUGAGUGUCGUAAAUUCUCACACACAGGAUGUGAAACAUGUAGUUUGGCAUCCCGCACAAGAGCUACUCGCUUCAGCCAGUUAUGACAACAAAGUGUGUAUUUAUAAAGAAGAGGAUGAUGACUGGGAAUGCCGGGCAACCUUAGAGGGACAUACAUCAACAGUGUGGAGUCUUUCCUUUGACCCUGAGGGACAGCGACUGGCUUCCUGUAGUGAUGACCGCACUGUAAAAAUAUGGAAGGAUUGUGGGACAGGUGAUGAAUCCGUCGAUGGUUCAUGGAAGUGUAUUUGCACCUUGUCUGGCUUUCACAGCCGCACAGUAUAUGAUGUCGCAUGGUGUCGUCUGACUGGUGCACUGGCUACAGCUUGUGGAGAUGAUGGAGUUCGUGUUUUUAAGGAGGAAGCAGCCUCUGAUCCUGAGCAGCCUGUGUUUUAUAUAUCUGCUCAUAUGCCCAAAGCCCAUAGCCAAGAUGUUAACUGUGUGGCCUGGAAUCCAAAGGAAGCAGGUUUGCUGGCCACAUGCAGUGACAAUGGAGAAAUUGCUAUUUGGAACUACCAUUCAGAUGCUUAACAUGGAGAGGGAAUGUUCUCUGUGAGGUCUGCACUGGCUCCACAAAGCAUUCAGAUUUAACAGCAACAUGUAUGUAUAUGUAUUAGCUUUUCUGAAUUGUUAGAAUUUGUCUGUUUUAGUGUCUGCUUUUUGGGCUUAUUUUACAGUGAUGCAGAUGCAGCAACAACACUGUCACAUUUUUCUUCCCAGCUCAUUUCAUGUGUAAUGUUUUUACAAUUGUGUAUUGCAUUCUUGCUGUGCUGGUCAGUGAGAACAACAACUGGAAGUUCAACAUUUUUCAUAUUGCACAAGAAAAUAUUGUAAAGCUUUGUUCCUGAAGACUAAAGAUUAUCCCUAAAUACUGUGGUCCUCAAAUAGCCAUCAUUUUCAUUAAGUACUUCAAGGAUGUAAAUCCUUUGUGAAAUCUCAAUAUAUACACAAAAUAUACACAAAUAUUAAGGUAUUACAUUUGUAUGUUCUUAUAUAUCAUCAUAAAAAGCCUCAGGCAUUCAUGUGCAAACCUUUUGACCAAUAAUGUAGCAGGUAUAAACAUGUUUUAUUCAAGGUUCUGUCCAAAAUUUAUACUUACAUUAUGUACGAUUAUCAGCAGAAAUUUUGUGCUUGAAACAUUUUUACAACUGUAUAACUAUAUUAAAAUUUCUGUAGGAAAAAUAAAUGAAAUGAUGCAGGGGAA